UGUAAUAGCUGUAGUAAGAUGAUAAGCAGUGCAGGAACUAUCUCUAAGCAAUGGCACAUCUUUCUGCUUUUUUUCUAUUCUGCAACUUCCUUCAAUGUGCACUCUAAAAACAGGCUUAGAGGUUUUUCAUAAGGGGGUAUUUUUAAUUCUAAAGCGAGGGAUUGGUCACACUUCUUCUCAUUAGCAUGAGGAGCUGUAUAAACCCCGCCACUGCAGAAUUUUGAGCUGUGUUGAAGGCGAGGCAACAAGCGUAUCUGACUGGCUGCGCGCAAGGAGCAAGUAACUUUCACUUUGAGCACAGUUCAGUUCAUUAAAACGGGCUGCUGUAUGGAGAGCUCAGUCCAGAGGUGAACCGGGCUUAUCUGUUCAGAAAGGAUGAGGCUGCUUACCGAAGGGAAGACUGCUAAGAAGAUGAUAGGAGUCAAAUUUAUAACUUAUUUGCAUCGGUGGAUUUUUAUUAUUUUCAUCCAUCAAUUUUUCUUUGUCUCAGUGGCUGAGUCUGAUGGAAAUACUAUACGAUACCAGACCAAUGAGGAGGACGCACCUGGUACAGUCAUCGGAAACCUUGCCAAGGACAUGUCCUUGAGUCUGUCUCAUUCCUCCAAGACCAAUUUCAGGAUGAUGAAACAAUUCAAUGAUUCAUUCAUCAGGGUAAGAGAAAGCGACGGGGAACUCACUGUCGGGGAACGAAUUGACAGGGAAAGAAUCUGCAGACACACUCCACAGUGUCUCAUUACUUUUGAUGUGGUAAAUUUUUCAAAAGAUCGGUACAAAUUGAUUCACGUUGAGGUGGAAAUAAAGGACAUCAAUGACAACUCCCCGGAGUUUCCAAACAAGGAAUCUAUAGUGGAGAUCUCAGAGAAUGCAGCCCUUGGGUCCCGUAUUCCUUUAGACCCAGCUGUGGAUGCUGAUGUCGGGUCAAACUACAUCCAAAGCUAUCAAAUUUCUGUCAACAGUCAUUUUACCAUUGAUGUGCUCCUGAGAGCGGAUGGGGUUAAAUAUGCGGAAUUGGUGCUAAUGAAAGAGCUAGACAGGGAGACUCAGUCUUCAUACACUGUAGACCUGGUCGCCACAGACGGAGGCAACCCUCGCAGAUCGGGGUCAGCAAAAAUAACUAUUAAAGUAACUGACUUCAAUGACAAUAGUCCCGUGUUUGACCAGAACAGUUUCUCAGUCAGCCUGCCUGAGGACGCACCGGUGGGCACAGUUAUACUGGACUUGAACGCAGUUGAUGCUGAUGAGGGUCUAAACGGAGAGGUCAUAUAUGGAUUCGGAAAACAGGUUUCUCAUGAGAUCCGAGAACUUUUCCAAGUGGAUAAUAAAUCAGGGCACUUGACACUUAAGAGCCCUGUGGAUUUUGAGGACAAAAGCACUUAUGAGCUAGAUGUACAGGCGACUGAUCUGGGACCCAACCCGACCCCCUCCGUGUGUAAAAUCGUCAUUCACGUCACUGAUGUUAAUGACAAUGCCCCAGAAAUCAGUAUCACCCCGAUGACCUCCAUCACGACGGGCAUUGCAUACAUCAGCGAGGCGGCAGACAAGGACAGUCUGGUGGCGCUGAUCAGCACCUUGGACAGAGACUCGGGUGUUAACAGCCAAGUCCACUGCACAUUAUACGGACACGACCACUUCAAACUCCGCCAGGCUUAUGAGGACAGUUACAUGAUAGUUACAGCAGCAGUACUAGACAGGGAAAGGAUUAGUGAGUAUAACUUGACGGUCAUGGCUGAGGAUUUUGGCUCCCCUCCGCUCAGAAAGAUCACUCAAUACACAAUUAGACUCACCGACGAGAAUGACAACGCCCCUCACUUCAGUAAAGCCGUUUAUGAAGUUUCUGUGGUGGAAAACAACGCCCCCGGGGCUUUUAUAACCACAGUUGAGGCCACUGACGCGGAUCUGGGUAUAAAUGGAAAAAUAACUUACAGACUUGUGGACAGUGUUAUUAUGGGCUCCCCUGUCAACACGUUUGUGUCGCUCAAUUCAGUGUCUGGCUCUAUAUACGCACUGAGAAGUUUUAACUAUGAAGUCAUGAAACAGCUAGACAUACAUAUAAAAGCAAGUGAUGGGGGGUCACCACAGCUCCAGAGCACUGCUGUCAUCAGACUAAAAAUAGUUGAUCAAAAUGACAACCAACCUUCUAUCAUAGAGCCGCCACUUUACAAGGGAUCUGCUGAGGUUUUCCUGCCCAAAGAUGCACCUGCAGGUUAUGUGGUAACCCAGAUAAAGGCCACAGAUGCUGAUGAAGGCAUAAAUGCACAGCUGUCCUACAAAAUCACCGAGGGGGGACACCUGGGUUUCUCUAUUAACAAAGACACAGGGAAAGUGCAUGUGAGUCGGCAGCUGACGUAUGAUCUUACAGACAAUGUCAAAGUCACAGUGUCAGUCAGUGACAAUGGAUUCCCUGCGCUCACCUCCACAGCCAUUAUACACCUCAGUUUCAUAGAGGGGACUUUACCCAGUAUGCCGUCCUUGGCUCAAAAUGGCAAUGAGGAGCUCUUUGAAUGGGACAUGUCCAUAGCCAUAAUCAUUGUCCUGGCAGGGAGCUGCUCUGUCCUCCUGCUGGCUAUCAUUCUCAUCACAACCAUUUGCAGUCGCCGGAAAAAAGAGCAGAGGGAGGGGGGAUACGAUGAAAAAGAAGAUGUACCAAAUGUGGAAAAAGUGGAAAGUGGUCAUAUUGAUUCAUUGAUUGCCAACCACAAAGGCAAAGCGUUUGAUGCCCAUCCAUUUCCAGAGAAAACGCCAUUGGCUAGCAGCAACACAACAGAGACAGGCUGUGAGGAUGGCAGGCAGACAGCAGGCAUCUUUGAGUCAAACAGCAGGGUGAUGGAGGGUAAAUUAAAGGGUUACUCCACACUGCCAGGAUAUGGAAAAGAAACGGUCAGGCCAAUAACAAUAUGGAAGGGUAAUUCAUUCACGACAAUCUCAGCAAGAGAUCCUCACAUUAGCGGCAAGGACAGUGGAAAAGGGGACAGUGACUUCAAUGACAGUGAUUCUGACAUCAGUGCAGACGUGCACAAAAAAGAAUCACCGCCAACCAACAAUCUCUGGGCUUGUACAAGCGAGUGCAAAGUUCUGGGCCAUUCUGACCGAUGCUGGAGCCCUUCAGCGACAAGGCCCAACACGAGUCUGGCCUCUGGACCACAUCUGUCAACAUUCUCCAAGACAGCUUCGCUUCCCCGGGACACCCGAAGGGAAAACUACUACCCAGUUCAUUUACCCAAAACCAACGGCCUCCAAAGUGUGUAUGAAAAAGUUCAACACCAGGAAUUUGAUUAUAUUCUUGUUGGUCCACCAACACCAGCAAGAAUACAAGAAACAGAUGAGAUAUCUAUCCCGGAGUAUACAAACUCUUAAGAAAAAAAAAAAAAAAAAGAAUAAUGGAAGGUCAAAAAGUCAUCAGAAAUGAUUUUGUCUUUAUACUGUACAGAUCUUUUAUCUUAACUGACUCCAUGUUGGAUUGUUGCAGUAUUUUGUAGUAUGUCAUUUGUCUUUUGGCUCAUAUAAGACUGUUCAUUGUAUCAUGUGUAAUAUGCAAGAUUUUGUACAUUAAUAAUAUAUUUUUCAUAAUGACUCAAUGUAAAGAAGAAUUUUAUUAUGAAUUUUCAAAAGCAUGUGUUAAUAUUUAAGGGGCAUGAUGUAUGGACUUUUUCGGCUAAAGGGGGCCUCUCUGCUGUGGAAAACAAUCAAUUGAAAAGAUUACCAUGUUUGUGAGAGAUUUUGUCACAUUGUUGCACAAAUAAACUGUUAAAAGCAAAAAUGA